CCGCCCGCUCUCUUCCAGUUCCUCGCUUUAAUUCUCAGUUCUCCCCUCCCGCCAUCAGGCUUCCAACCAGCCACCGACCGUUAACUCAAAACUCAAAAGCAAUCAACGACAGAAUCCCCUGUUGCAAGAAAACAGGAAUCUUUCAUUUCAGUGAAGCGCGAUAACCCAAAUGUUUUGCCCCAAUGGGUUCAAGCGAUUUCCCGUCAAGCAUUUGAUUCUCUUCAGAUUCACCCAUCUCAUCCACAGCCACCAAUCACCUCGCCGGAAGCCGAUCAAACGCUUCACCAGAGCUUCCAGACGGCCGCUAAAGUCCUCGCGAAGAAAGGAAUUAGAAGGACCCAACCCCUACAUGCGAACCACCGUCAACAACAUAUACGGAAUCCUGAAGUAUUCCGAUUGGGAGGCCGCGCAGGAUCAGCUGUCCAACCUCAGAAUCAAAUGGGACUCGUACACGGUGAACCGGGUACUCAAAACCCACCCGCCCAUGGAGAAAGCCUGGCUCUUUUUCAACUGGGCGGCCUCGAAGCUGCAAGGGUUCAAGCACGACCAGUUUACCUACACGACGAUGCUCGACAUUUUUGGGGAAGCCGGGAGGAUGGAAUCCGUCCGCUACGUGUUCGAUAAAAUGCGUGAACGAGAGAUUGAGAUUGACGCGGCGACGUACACUUCGGUUAUGCAUUGGGUUUCGAAGUCAGGUGAUGUGGACGGGGCGGUGAGGAUUUGGGAGGAGAUGAACGAACAAGGGUGUCGGCCUACGGUGGUCUCGUAUACUGCGUUUAUGAAGAUUCUGUUUGAUAGUGGGAGGGUGAAAGAGGCGACAAAUGUGUAUAGAGAGAUGCUUGAAGUUGGAAUUACUCCCAAUUGUCAUACGUAUACUGUGCUGAUGGAACACCUAGUUGUUGCUGGCAAGUACCAAGAGGCUCUUAACAUUUUCAACACAAUGCAAGAAGCAGGAGUGCAGCCGGACAAAGCUGCAUGCACCAUUUUGAUCCAGAAAUGUUGUGCCAAGGGAGAGACCAAGACAGUGAUUCCUAUUCUCAAUUAUAUGAAUGAGCAUCGAAUCGUUCUUCGGUAUUCUGUGUUCCUGGAAGCAUCAAAUACUCUACAAGUUGCUGGCGAGAGCGAAGCCCUCCUCAGGCUAGUCAAUCCUCAUUGCUUUGACGAAGCUUCUGUUUCCACAACUUCUGCAGAUGAUAAUCUUAUAGAUCGUGGCCUUGUUAAUUUUCUCUUGACGAAGAAAAGUCUCAUUGCAGUAGACCGAUUACUUACUUAUAUGAUGGAUAAGAACAUGUUGUUGGAUGCUUGGACUGUUUCAUACGUCGUCGAGAAGAAUUGCGAACUUGACAGACUGGACGGUGCUUUAUUAGGAUUUGAAUACAGCAGGAAAAUGGGAGUGGGACUUGAAAGAACAGCAUAUCUUGGCUUAACAGGAAGGGUGAUGCGAUCGAAUAUGUUCGAUAAGGUACUUGAGAUUGUCAGAGAAAUGAUCAACUCGGGACACUCUCUUGGAAUCUAUCUAAGUUCUGUUUUUAUAUACAGGCUUGGGAAAGCUAGAAGACCCACUUGUGCUGCAAAGUUGUUUGGUUUGUUGCCUAGUGAUGAGAUUUGCACUGCUACUUACAGUGCUCUCAUUAGUGUACACUUCUCUGCUGGUACUGCAGAGAAGGCGCUCAAGACUUUUGAUGCGAUGAGAAAGAGAGGCAUUUUGCCUUCAUUAGGAACGUACAGAAUUCUGUUGGCAGGUCUUGAAAAGUUGGGUAGAGCAAGUGAAGUAGAAGUUUAUAGGAGGGAAAAGAAUAGCUUAUGGAGUCAGGGUAGUCGUCGGGAUAAUGUUCCCCUAGAGCAAAAGAUUUGUGACAUUCUGUUUGCUGGGGAUUCGAUAACUUGAUUAUAUCUGCUGAAAAGUUGCCUCGACACCAGAAUGCUUCAGCAAAGCUCAACGCUUACAAGCAAGGAGAGUUGGGGAACGAACUUAUAAGAGCUUUGUAACGCUCUCCAUGAUCUGCACUGGAGAAUCCUUCACCAUGAGGACUCCUGACACAUAAUGGGGAAUAGUUCGUUGUCAAUCUUAUUGUAUAUAGUGAUUUUUUGCCUAAAUGAUAAACUUGAUGCUCUUGA